UAUAUUACGUUUAAAGAUAGGGGAGUUUUGCAUAAUAUAUUCGAUAUUCUGCAACUCUGAAAAAAUUAUUAGAACAUGUUCAAGUUGCACUGUAAAAUACUGAAAGAUAUUUUAAAGCUUAUUGCUAGCGUAACGUUUGUGGGAGACAAAUCGAAUGUGAUAAGUUUAUCACAGUAUUCACGCCAAGAAAACAUUUAUAUUUUGUAAUACUGUUUUACAUAAUAAGUACGUAGAUAUGCUUUGAGAUAACUCCUACAAGAGUGAAAUCUUUAUUAUAAGCUCAGCAGUCGGCGACAAACACGAAUCGUAUUCUUGUCGUUUAGUGUACCAUUUUUCGUCUUACUGCCGAGAAUGGUCAAUAUUAUCCUUCUUUUCUUGAUUCUUGGUGGAAUCGUGACAUGGUAUUUUUAUCUAACUAGAAAUUACAAUUACUGGCGCGAUCGGGGCAUUCCGUGCGCGAAGGGUAUUCUUCCGGGAUUCGGGAAUACGUGGUUGGUGACGUCCCUGAAGAUGAACCUUGCCGACUUUACUCGACGCAUCUACGAGAGCCAUUCGGAUUGCAGUAUGAUCGGCUUCUACGAUAAGACGGUACCCGCGUUGAUGGUACGCGAGCCAGAACUAGUGAAGACAGUGGUGCAAACGGAUUUUGCCAGCUUUUCCGAAAAUCUGCUGAAACUCGAUCCCCAUUUAGACCCACUUCUCUCCCUGAAUCCUUUCUUCUCAGCUGGCAAGGUGUGGCACACGUACAGGAAGCGUUUUAUUCACGCAUUCUCCGGCAUGAAGCUGAAACUGUUGUUCAACUAUAUCGAGCAGGUAUAUGGCAAAUUUGAGGAUUACUUGGAUCAGCAACUGCAGAAAGGAGGCACACUAGAGGUAGAACUGAAAGAGCUGUUCUCUAGAUACACCGGCGAAGCAGUGGCAAACGCCGGUUUCAGCGUGGAAGGUUUCUGCUUCGAGAAUGAGACACGUAGUCCCACGCGGACAUCUUUUCACGCGAUCGGUCAGUCAAUAUUCCAAUCGAACUUCUUUACGCAGAUCGUGCAGAGCCUCAAUUUCUUUCUGCCUGAGCUCAAUCGCAUUUUCCGCAUGCCAUUCGUGCCUAGAUGGGUGGAUCAGUUCUUCCGCGACACUGUUGAGCAAAUUCUGCAGCUCAGACAACAAGAGAAUGAGCGCAGGAGCGAUUUUCUCCAAGUAAUGAUAGACCUGGAGGAGAAGGAUGAGGAUGGACGCUAUAACAUACAGGCACUUGCCGCACAUGUUCUCGGCCUCUUCAUGGAUGGAUACGAGACGACCAGCAUCACUCUGAGCUUUAUCGGCUACCAACUGGCUCGACAUCCAUCAGUUCUUCAGCGAUUGCGCGAUGAAGUCGAAACUGUGCUCGUUAAGUACGACAAUCGGUUGACCUACGAGUCGUUAAAGGAAAUGACGUAUAUGGACCAAGUGAUCAGCGAGUCGCAGAGAUUCUACAGCGCACUGGCCACUAUGGGUAAGAUCUGUACUCAGGAAUUCGAACUUGUGGGUUCAGAUGGGUUGCGCUGUCGCGUACAACCAGGAAUGCCAAUUAUGAUCCCUGUCCAUGAGCUGCAUCGAGACUCGAAGUACUGGCCCGAUCCGGAUGCUUUUAAUCCAGAUCGAUUCGCUGCGGAUAAGAAAGAGCAGAUUGAGAGGUAUACUUUCUUACCAUUCGGCGAGGGUCCAAGGAUGUGCGCAGGUAUGAGAAUGGGAAUGAUGAUGAUGAAGUCUUGUCUGGCCACGUUAGUAAGGCGGUAUACUCUGGAGCUGUCGCCGAAGACUCAGGAGCCUCUGAAGAUGCAGCCUGGCAAUUUUUUUACUAUACCUAUCGGCGGACUGUGGGUUCACAUCAAACGUCUUUAGUCAUUUACUUGUACAUUAAAAAUCGUUAAGCAAAAAUUUCAUAUAAAGAGGUGGUUGUAAAUGCAAAGAA